AGGGCUGAGUGGGGGUUUGGAAAGGCCUUUUCCAGCCCUUGUAGUUCAAUUUAUAGGUCCUCCAUACUCACACCCACGUACAGGCACAGACACACAUACAUAGACAGCAGAGCCCAGUAGACAAAGUCAGGAUGUGACAUCAUCCACAGGAAGAGAAGCCAAACAACUUUUUCUCUCUUUAGUGUGUUGUCUGUGCUGUUGAGUGAAGUUGGAGCCUUUCGGUCUGUUAGUGGUGGGAAGAGAAGGAGAGGAUACAGAGGAGCUGGAGGGGGGCAGAGCAGCUGGAGCUGUCCUCCACAGGGAGUUUAAAGUCAAGCGGUCCGGCGCCAUCCUCCCUGAACUUUCCACGACUUUCCACCACAUUCCAGACCCUCCGCUGUAGGAUUUCAGCCAGAAGCGUCCUGCCAUCUGAAAACAAGAGCUCCCUGCAAUCUUUACAUGACAGACGCUGACCCCCUGCGACCUGAUUUCCAAGCUGAAACCAGCCUGGUUCUAUCUCUCAGAAAGGUCACACUUUAUCAAACUCCAAACUAAUUAUUAUUCUGGAGAGCUUAUUCUCCCCUUAUCUCAGGGGAAACGACUGAGUCAAUGGCGUUGUGUCUUGGACAAGUGUUCAGCAAAGACAAAACGUUCAGGCCAAGGAAGCGGUUUGAACCGGGCACCCAGCGCUUUGAACUCUACAAGAAGGCCCAGGCCUCGCUCAAGUCUGGCUUGGACCUGAGGAAAGUGGUUCAGCUGCCGGAGGGAGAGAACAUCAACGACUGGAUAGCUGUUCAUGUGGUGGAUUUCUUUAACAGGAUCAACUUGAUCUAUGGCACGAUGAGCGAGUUCUGCACCGAGCGCACGUGUCCCAUCAUGUCUGGGGGGCUGAGGUACGAGUACAGGUGGCAGGACGGUGACGACUACAAGAAACCCACCAAGCUGCCCGCUCUCAAGUACAUGAACCUGCUGAUGGACUGGAUAGAGUCGCUCAUCAAUAAUGAGUAUAUCUUCCCCACCAGAGUAGGUGUACCUUUCCCCAAGAACUUCCAGCAGGUGUGCAAGAAGAUCCUGAGCCGUCUCUUCAGGGUGUUUGUGCAUGUUUACAUCCAUCACUUUGACAGCAUCUGCAGCAUGGGUGCAGAGGCCCACAUCAAUACCUGCUACAAGCACUACUACUACUUCAUCUCAGAGUUCAACCUCAUUGAUCACUCUGAACUGGAGCCCCUGGUGAGACAGUAGCCUCAGACCUCCGAUGUGUGAGGAAAGAGAUGACAGAGAAGAUAUGCAAUUAAACAAAAAACACCUGGACAAAGGAGUUUACAUUUUGGCAUUAUCUGAGCCCCGUGAGAAAUCAUCGGCUUCUAAACACUCAAAACAAAGAACAAUUUUACAUAAAGUUGUAUGAGUGGUUUUCUAGGCAUAACUGGGAAGCUCCACUGACUUACCACACUUCUUCAGAUGGUGGCACUGUGCCUUCACAGAGGUUUUUACUUACAGUAAUUACGGUGGUUGAUGCCACCAUUAUAGGACUUUGUGUUGGUUUAUAAUAUCCUCCUACAUUUCCUGUACUAUGCUUUUUCUUUUCUCCUGUGCAUGUAUGUUUAUGUUUUAUAUAUCGUGUUGAGUCUUAUUUUGUUGAAUGAAAGUUUGUUUUUUAUUUGAUGUCAGUGUUUUUAUGUUUGAACAUAAAAAUGCAGCCUAAAAUGAUCUGUGUUUUGCAGAUGUUUGCAAAAAAAGUUUAUGUAUUGCACUGCACCACAAAAAUAAAUACAAAAACAUUGGA